GUGCUGCCAUAUUUAAUGAAGAAGGUUCGGUAUUAGUUUCAGUCGAUGGUUUAUUACCUUUAGUAAAAAUUGGUGAUAAUGAAGAGUUUCAACAAUUGAGUUUAGAAGAUGAUGUAUUUCAUUCGAUUUAUCAACUUACAAAUGAAUGGGAAACCGUAAAUCAAUGGCUUCCACAUGUUGAAGAAGCACAAAAAAUGCAAAACAAACGCAAAGUUUCUCGUUCUACAAUUUUUAUUGAAUCAUUCAUGAUAAAUGCUCGACAACUUGCAGAUUCAUUAAAUAUUCCACUUGUAGAAUCUGGAAUAUUAUAUGAUCAAAUACUCUUUACUGGAUAUGAAUCAUCAUCAACUGAAAAACAACAGGCCCUUGGAAAAAUAAACCUCGACAAUGAAGAUUCAAUGUAUGAUUACACUCAACCACAAACUCUAUUAUCUCAACAAAAAGAAGAAAGUGGCCAAAUUUUAUUCGUUGUAAAACAAAUCAAAUCUCAUGAAGGUAUCAAUUCAGAUAGUUCAAAUACUAUAAACAUUAUUAAUCGUAAUAAAUGUAAAGGGAUUAUCGAAAACUUUCAAAAGCUGGGCUUUAGAUUCGCUGAUCCUCGAUUAAUAGCUCCAAUAAUGGCUCAAAAAGUUGGU